AUGAUAAUUGUCAUCAGUGCCAAUGCUCCACAAGAUAACUGUUCCAGUGUCCUCACUCCAAUAUUUGAGAAGUAUUACCUCUCACCAAUGUAUGGUCUUGAAUUUGUGAUUGGGUUUUUAGGAAACCUAGUGGUGGUCCUAGGAUAUAUCUUUUGCCUUCCUGCUUGGAAAUCCACAAAUGUGUACCUAUUCAACCUAUCUAUGUCUGAUCUCAUCUUCUUUUGCACUUUACCUGAACUGUCCUACAACUACGCUUUCAACUUAAAAAAAUUUAAUUCUUCACUAUGUGUGAUAAAUCGCUACAUCCUCAAUGUAAACAUGUACUCAAGCAUUCUUUUCAUGAUGUGGGUAAGUGUGGACCGGUACUUGUUGCUGUGUCACCCACAGCGAGAACACGUCCUGUUGACUAUUAAAGCUGCAUUAUGCAUCACCAUUGUGAACUGGAUUUGGGUGACCAUUCAAAUUGCUCCUCUCAUGGUCUUAAUCAUCCAGGAUUUGGAGCAAAAUGGCUGGACAGUGUGUCGUGAUUUUGGAAGCCUCGGAGUGCCCAAAGUAAAUCUGAUCUUCACCAGUGUCCUGACUAUAACUGGAUUUGUGGUGCCCCUUGUGGCUUUGUUUAUAUCGUCACAACGGAUGGUCUCUGUACUAAUGAAAAGAGAGGAGAUGAGGAAGACAAAGUUUCAAAGGCCAGUAAGGAUUGUGAGGAUUGCAACAUUAAUGUUUCUGGUACUCUACACACCCAUCCAUAUAAUGAGGAUUAUGCGUCUCGCAUCAAGGCUUCCUGAACUAAAAUUGUCACUGUGCAUCGUAGAUACUAUCAAUGCGAUAUACAUCGUGUCACGACCUAUUGCAUAUUUUCACAGUGUAAUCAACCCUGUGUUUUACUUCCUCAUGACAGACAGCUUUAAAGAAGCACUGCAGGACAAAUGGAGGCACUUAAAAAGGAUACUAAUGACUGCACAUUAA